AUGGCUCGAAUACUUUUGGUUCUUGCAGUUUUAGUCCCUUUUCUGUGCUUUUUGCUUGCGAAAUAUCAGGAUGCAGAUUUUAUGCUCAUGAUAUAUGAACUGAUCGGUCAAAAUCCCGCCGUAGCGUUGCGCGGGAAAGUUGUGUGGAUCACUGGAGCUUCAAGUGGCAUCGGUGAAUAUUUAGCUUACGAACUGGCUAAAUGUGGCUGUAAGUUGGUGCUUUCUGCACGAAGAAAGGAUGAAUUAGAGAGAGUCCAGAAAAAGUGCGCUGGUAAGCUAUAAAGCACAACAUAUACUAUUUGUUUCCAAAAAUCCCUUGGAGAGGUUCUUGGAACUUGUAGUUGAUUGAGGUCCGGCCGGCCGGCAUUUCGUUCAGCGUUCAAAGCAAAGGCGUAUGCAACAGCUCUGACCACGAUUGAUUUCAAAACAAUCCAAGGAGAUGAAAAUUUAUAAUUAGAACUUAGGACAAAAAAUAGAAACAGGCUAAAUACGCUAAAUCGUAAUUUUUGGAAUUUGUAUACACAUGUAUGUAUCUGUUCAUACAGGAAAUCCAGCCGUGAAAUUAUGCAUAACUAAGCUCAUUUUGGACAUUUUUAAAAAGCUUGUAUUAGUUCCAUUAUUGGCAAACCCAUUUUGUUCUCGUACGCUUUUGGCAAACGGCGUUAACACAAUUCUCUGAUAAAUAAAACCAAUUUUGGCCUGAAACUGAAUGCAUGCAGGACAUCUUUUUUAAUACAGUACUUGUUGUGCCACUACACAACUACUGGUUAUCUCUGGUGAUCUGGGUCAAUUUAAAGACUGUUCGUGGGUGAUUUAUUCACCAUUUUAGAGAACGAAAUGGCGGUUCUUGCCAUGCCUAUGAAGGGCUUCUUUUAGAGUGAUUUUAACUUAACCCGUAAAGUAGGUAGUAGAAUAGUAUGCUCUAUUAUGCAAUAAUUCCAUUGCCUUCUUUUGUUUACUAGUAGCUAUAUUGCACUAGUUGUUAUAUUCUCUCUUUCACGGUCAAGUAAAAUCACUCUAUUCCCAGUAUCCAGUUUUUCAUAAAAACACAUUACAUGUAGUAGUGCAAGUGGAAUGGUAAUUAAUGAAGACUGUGUGUUAGAGUUCUUUGGUAUAUAUUUUUGUGUGCUUUUUUUUUUGUUUGGACUUAUUAGCAUUAUAAUUUUUAUCUUAUUGACCAUUGAAAACAUCCCAUGAUAUAUUCAGUCACAUGCAAUUAUAUUGUUAUUUUAUCAAUAAAAAACAAAGAAUUAUGCAGCGUCAGGGAGCUCCCAACAAUAACUGCAUCUUCACUGUUUUUAUCUUUGAUGUUUGCUGAAGCAAAACAUCCUUUUCUGAGAAAAAAAAAUCAAAAUUUUCUUUGUUACUGCUGCGUUCAAGAGUAUUCUCACUUGCAGUUACAAAGUUUUGUUUGCAUAUUCAGAGUACCAUAUGAAUCAGAAGUGCUUGAAAAAAAAAAGCCCAACCUCUCCCCUCCAAGAAGGCUAAUAGUUGAUUUAUGGCAGUUCAUCAUUUGAGAUACAACAAAAUCAAGCCCUAGGAUUUCAAAUCCCAUAACAAUUUUUCUUGGCAUGCAAAGAGAUCAUGGGAAACCAUUUGCAUCUGUAACAAUUUUUUGGUUCCUUGAAAAUUUAAAAUUAAAGGACAUCAGCGUGUACUAUUAUUUACAAAGAACUUCAAUGUCUAUUAAAAUGUCAGAAGAAGGUGAAUUUAAUAGUUGAAUGUGUGUGCACUAAAGUGUCAAAAACUCCAGACUCGUCUUUGAUCCAACAAAAGAAGUAUAGUCACUUGAAAUGUUCCGUGCUACAGAUCUUGUCUUUUCAUAAAGAGAUUCAGGCCUCAUCAUUAGUUUCAACAGUGAAAUCAUCACUAAAAAGACUGCUUUCUAAAUGUUUUUAAACUUUUGGAGUCAUAUAGUUUUUCUUGGCACUGGAAGUCAUAAAAAUCACUGUUUUUAACUGAAAAACAUCUUUUAUAUGUGAGUCAUCAGUUACAUGCAAUGCACUUUGGGAACAUGCAAAAUAAAAACCAAAGAUGUUCUACUACUAUAUUUGUGCAAUUUUGUUCCCCUAGUCUGAAUAUAUCAGGAUACGUCACUGGGAAACUAUUUUUCAGCGCCAUUAUUUUAAGAUCACGUUAAUGACAAAGUACUGGAAUCGAUGGUUACUGUGAAAUCCUAGCGCUAGUAAAAUUAUGAACUUUAUGUUUUCCAUAGAAUGCAGCAAGGGUAGUGCCUGCCACGUACCACUGGACAGGGUAUGGUUUUUGACCUGUCUGCAGUGUGUAAAGAAAUUAAAGUUGUGGCCGAUAGCCAGGGGCUAGUGGAUUUUGCUAUCUGGCUAGUGAUUUUUGUUCUUAACUUACCCAAUGGGCGAGUGCUGUUUUUUGGGGAAAUUCAAAUUACAGAAGGAUUGUAAUCAAUCCUGCUAAUCAAAAAGGGUUUUGGGGCUAGUUGAAAUGACUUGUGAGCUGGUACGUGCUAGCUACAGCUUGCCCAAAUGGCAGGCUGUAAAACUGGCUUUCUUUGCACCCUGGUCUGUCCUAAACAGGGUAUAUAAUUUUGUUUGAGUCUGUCAACAGAUAGAUAGAUAGUUUAUUGAUCAAAAAUGUGACAGCCAUGCAUAGGCUGAAUUACAUAUGAUUUACAAUAAAAAUGGAAACUUGAAAUCUAAAAUCGUGAAUUUAGAAAAUAUUUGGGAAUAUUGACAUUAUUGCCUUAUUGACAUAGUGAUGGAUAAACCCUUGCUAGCACUGAUGGUGUGGGGGCACCUUGUGGUAAAAGCGCACUUAUUCCUUAAACUGACCUCACACUUGUUGAGGGUAUUGCCUGCAUGAUUGAUUUGAUUUGCUAGAUGGAGUUUCUUUCUACUUCAGGUAUACAGAAGUAAUGACUAGAACAUGAAUUUGCUCUGUUGCAAUUGCAAUUAAUAAAUGGCUUAAAAACAAGACACUCAUGCAUUUUGUCCUUUGUCCUAAAAAGGGAAAUAAAUAAACAGCUGGGUAUGUAUUUUAGGAAUUUUUUGUCCUACAAAGGGUCGGGGUUUCAAACUCUCAGUGGCUCACCUAUACUCAAAUAUUGGUCAAGUACCACCACAGGUGCUUAAGUCUCCUACCGCCACUAACACAUUUAUGAACUUUUAAUCAUGUUCCAGGUAUUUCAAAUAGUCAAGAUAUUCUUGUUCUUCCUCUGGACCUGCAAAAAUUUGACACACAUGAGCAACUAGCUCAAGAUGUUCUGAAACAUUAUGGAAAGGUUUAGAAAAAGUUACUUAUUAUGUUUAUGAUAAUUAAUACUGUGAUGGAAAGGGAAGGGCAUAUAUUACACUGUUAAAAUUUUAUAAACAGUUUUGUAUAUAAAUUCUCUUGAUAAAAUUUUUAUUUUCCUCUUUUUUUGUUGAAAAUGGGUUAAUUGAAUCUGAAACAGCACAGAAAAUGAAAUGCUGUUUUCACCACAAUUAUUGAACCUUACCAUACUGUUAUACGUGCAAGUGCCUGUAUAAGUUAAACAGAACAAAAAGGAUGACUAUAAGGAUUACUAUAAAGUAGUCUGCAAAGGAGAACAUGUCAUGGUAAGUUUUCUGUGCAUGAUUAUUUUUGUUGGGUUCCUUGAUACACCUUUUACUUGCAUGACACCGGAAUAUAAACAAAGCAAUACACUAGCUAUAAUUUCUGUACCUUAACUAAUUAAUAACAAUAAUUAUUCCUCGAGCCCGAAUGGGCUCUGAGUCAAUAGCCCAUGAGGCCUUUCAUGGGCUAUUGACUCAGAGGCCAUGAGGGUGAGAGGAAUAAUUGUUUUAGUAAAAUCCAACUAGUUGGUCAAAAAUAUCGAGAAUAAAAAAAUUUUAGCUAGUUAAACUUAGACUUCAAUCGUUUUUUGCCGCCAAAAAGCGCGCACUUUUCUCUACUAGUGGGCUAUAACAUAUAUAGCCUAGUAAUAGCUCAACCAAUCAGAACGGAGCAUUGGUAAUAGACCACUAGUUGGAUUUUACCAAUUACUGUUAUUAUGCCCUUGCUCUCCAUAAAUCCCUCUGUAGCUCAAUGGAUGAGUAUUCUCCUGAUGUUGGGGAGGUCUAGCUUAGGUGAUAUUGUAAGAUCUCAUGAUGUAUCUUAUCACUUUUAUGCUGAUGAUACACAGUUACAUUUAUCUUUUGAAACGUCAUUGCUUGAGGAUUUGUCAACAUGUAAAUCUGCUAUUGAAGACUGCAUUAAAUAAAUUGACCAUUGGAUGUUAGAAAAUAAACUGAACUUUCUUUGCACCCUGUCUUUCAUAUUCAUUUUUCCAUGUUUAGGUUAUUUUUCUGAGUAAUGCACCUAUCAAAGUAAACCCCGGGGGGGGGGGGAGGGGGUGCGGGCAAGGGGUGGGGAUUUGACAAAUUUUAAAAUUUUUUGAUCAAAUUCCCCAGGGUGGGAAACGAAAGGUCAAUCAAAAGUGUCAAAAAAGCCCCCACCCCGGGGGGAAAAUCUAAACAAACAAUACUUAUAAUACUAUUUAAAACGAAUAAAAGAACAUUUCAAAAGUGAGUUCUUACUACUUUUAUUUAAGGUUAACGUAAGUUCCGUUAAAUUACUUGCUGUAAUUAAGUAUUUUCUCUCUCCACUAGCAUCUCUUAUUUUGAACAAUAUAAUCGCUCCAGGAAGAUUGACCGUGCUAUUAUAUUAAUGAAACGUAAAAUGCUUUAUAACAUCUGCUCAACAUGUGGGAACAGGUCUGAUCAGUGACCCGUAAAAAAUCCUCUGACUUUCAUGAUAAAAUUCGAUUUCAAUCGAGGUUUACAAUCAGAUGGGAACUUGAAGAUAAAAACUUUCUCAAAAUAGACAUUAUCUGUUUAGAUGACAGUCUAAAGUAUCGGAUUAUGGCGAUUAAAGCAAAUGAAAACUUCAUACCUUUCUCCAACAGCGUGACUUUCAGAAAGCCUCGAGGGACGGACUUGGUAACCGCUUCUGAAUUGAUACCGUGCCUCUAUCGGUGAAAGUCAAAUGUCCCGACCCCGGGGUCGCUUCACGAUCAAAAGCCCGACAGGGGGAUAGUCUCAGGCAUCAAAUCCCCUCCCCUUGCCCGCCCCCCCCACGGGAUUUACAUUGAUAGGUGCAUAAUUCCUUGUUUGUUUUUCAGGUUGAUAUUCUAGUCAACAAUGGUGCUCGAUCACAGAGGUCAUUAGUGAAAAAAACAUUCCUAGAGGUAGACAGAUCACUUUUGGAUUUGAACACUGUAGGAACAAUAUCCUUAACUAAGGCCAUCCUACCACACAUGAUCAAGCGUCGUGAGGGAGAGGUUGUUAUCGUGAGCAGUGUCCUGGGAAAGUUUGGUAAUUGUUAUGUCUUUCUGACUGAAGCACAGAAUUUGUCAAUGUUAGUGUAUGAUUUUAUUGAAAUACUGUACCUGGUAUAUUAUUUCUGAUAGGACUGCCUUAUGAAGCUACAUACUGUGCCAGUAAGCAUGCACUCCAGGUAUGGUCAGUUACAAUUAAUCAGAUUCUAAUAAGUUAUUAUUGUGGAUAAAUUAUUGCAGCUUUAACACUUAAGGCUAGGCAGGGGCUGGGGAUUUCCCACGGCCACUUUCAUAGGAAACUAAAGGAAAAUAAAACCAAACGGACUUCUCAGGUGUUCAAUUCCCCUCCUACUUGUUUCGUAUACUCAGCAUCAUGAAAUCCUGGUUUUCAUUUUAUUCUCAAAUAGAACAAAAGAGAAGUGACUGAAAAUCCCAAGAAGUGCCCGGAUACAAGGCAGAAAACACUCACUUCAAAACUUAGCACUCCUUAAUCACUUACUAUAAAAUUACACCUGUGCUGAUCCUUACAUGUUGUUUGUCUUUGACUUUUCUUCCAGGGUUACUUUGACACAGCUCGUGUUGAGUUGGCUGAGUACAACAUUGGAGUCCAGACAGUCCUUCCAGGGCCUGUCAAGUCAGAGAUAUCUAAGUAUGCUUACACCGAGGACAUUAAUGUGGUAUGUAACAAGGAGUUUAAAAAUUGCUGCAUCCUUUCAACAUUCUCACAAUUAAAUUAAAGAUCUUUGCCAAAUUAAAUCAAUUAAAUCAAUUUCUCAAUUGAUGUGGAACAGCUCUAGCUCAUAGUUUCGAGGAGGCCUAACCUCUCAUAAGCUCCUAUAGUUUCUGUUAGGUCUCCUCGCCACUUCUUUUUUUCUUCUUUUCCUAUAUUUUUUGUAAUUAUUAUGUGGCAAAUAAGAUAAAAUAAUAAAUAAAAAAAAUAAGUAGGUACACUGGGUUCAUCAGCAAGUGCAACCACAAAGAUGAUAACAGUGUAGCUAUUUUUAAAAACUAUACCUGACACUGUUCAAUUAAGUUUAGUAAGUGAAUUUUAUUGGAUUGAAGCUUGGUUGAACAACAUUUUUCUGAGAGCAAAACUGUGUUGUUACCAAAACUGUGUUGUCAGCAUGUUGCAACAUCUCAAGCCAAGGUACACUUAAAACAUUUUUCACAAAAUCAGGUUUUCAAGAUGCCAAGUACUGGCAUAUAUAUAUAUAUUUAUGGCCACAAAGUAUGUUUCAGCAUGCCCUUAAACAAGCAUUUUGUCGCUUUUGCAGGCUUUUAAAGACUCACCUUAUUACUUUGAUGGACUGGCACGAAUGCCAACAGAGCGCUGUGCGAGACUGAUGGCAGUGAGCAUGGCAAACAAAUUGGAUGAAGUCUGGAUAUCAGAAUUUCCAAGUCUACUUAAUGUCUAUCUAAACCAGUACUUCCCAAACCUCUUUAGAUGGUAUGUGUGUCUUGUAGUACAUGUAGUAGUUUUUCAGAAUUGUUCACUUUGAUCCAGUCUAAAAUUUACAGUUUUCAAUAGAAAUUUAUCACUAUUAAUUUGACUUAAAAUGAAACUGGAUAUACCAGUAUGCGAAGUAAGAUGUCUAUCCUUCAACACUUAUGUAGCGUUUCCCCCUCCCUCGAUUUCUUUCCCUUCCCCAUUCUUCUUUCCCCCUUUCCCUCCCCAUUUCCCAUUUCCUCCUUCCCCCUUUCUCCACUUCCCUUCCCCCUCAUUUUGUUUCCCUUAACUUCCUCAUCUUUUCUCUAACCCCCUUUUCUCAGCUUUCCCCUUUCCAUUUUCCCUUCUCCCAUUCCCCCUCCCCUGUCCCCCUCUCCUCCCCCCCUCUUUCUUCCCCUUGUGCCUGACUGAUAAAUUUGAACCUUGUCCUGAACGUGAUUGUUAUUUUUUCUUUAGGAUUUCCAAGAAAUAUAUGGUGGAAAUUAUGACAGAACUGUACAUGAAUACUGGAGCAAAAACCACUGCAUAGUCUCAGAAAAUAACUUGCAGUAAUCCAAGGACCGCAUCAACACUGAGCAGCUGCGGAGUGAAGCUGAAUCUCAGUGUGGGGACCUUACUAUGAUAAGACUUUAAACAGACCUGCGAACUUCUGAUAAAGGGAAAUCUGGAGACUCAUGAAAACAAUCUGUAGAUUCUACAAAAAGUAGUGAGAUUAUAUUUUUUCUCGAUCAAUAUUAAACGAACCUUUUUUCCAUUGGGUAAAUCAACUCGUUAUUUAUAUAUUACCUUGCUUUAUUUGUGGUCCCUCUUGUAACAAGAUGCCUCUUUCUUUGAUGACUCUAAUGGGCCAGAGAAUUGAGGGCACAACGGAGACAAAACUUGCCUCAAGGGGUCCGGGGUUCGAUUCCGGAUAAGCAACUUCAUGGCCAAAAGGUUUAGGCAACGUGCCAUCAAAAAUGAUAUUAUCCCAAAAGAGGCUUGUCGGGAGGCCAUGAGUUAAAAAAUCGUGAGACUCACGGCGUUGUAAGCGUGAGAGUUGGCAGGUCUGCUUAAAACCAAAUGCAAGGCUAACCAGACAAACUUGUAUUUUUGAUGGCACUUAAUUUUGUCGAGCUAUUGUACUGACAUGUUACGAUAACAAGCCUUCAGAAUUCGAAACGUAAGAAAAUCCCAUCUGUAGAAAUAUAUUUGCAAAUGCAAAAUAAACAACAUCAUGUCAAAACUGUAGAAGAAGCCAUUCUCCACCCCAGUGCUUUAUACGGGUUUGGGAAUGCUCUUGAUCCCUCUCCUCUACAUGUGCAGAAGAGCUCUGGGUCGAGAUUGCCUGCCAAGAAAGCUUUUCCACUCUCGUGCAAACAACUGUAUUUUUCCUUUGUCCCUUCCCAUGAGUCCCUGUGCGCCUCAUCAUCAUCAUCAUCAUCAUCACCAUCCUCAUGUAACCACUUUGGCUACUUCCCAGCUCUUCCCCGGGGCUCUUCCACUCUGCUUUGUUUCGCUGUUUCUCGACAGUCCUUCUCCAAGUAGUUUUUGGUCUUCCUCUGGCUCUCCGACCUUCUUGCAUGUCCUUCUUGUGUCCACCCUAAUAUAAUGUAGCCUGCACCACAGACGUAACUAAACUCUGCUUAUAAGUCCGUUUGCGAAACAGCGCCGAAAUCCUUUUUCUGGGAUUCCUUUUCUGGUUUCCUUCCUUUCUUGCCCACCCCCUCCCCGCUCUUUUACUUGCGCCACUUUUCGCGCGGUCUUUGACUUUCGUUCCUCGUUUUUUGCUCCUAAACCGCACGGAAACGCUUGCUACGCAGGCUAAACUCUCUCCAAGAAUAUUGUUAAAAUUACCAAAAUAUAAAACAAAAGAAGCAAGACUGAUUUUACAGUAGGCAUAGCCUUCCUUCUUCAGGGUCUUAUUUUUUUUAUAUAUUCCCGACUGUAAAAUCAGCCUUGCUUCUUUUGUUUUAUAUUUUCACUUCUUGCUGAUAAGAUCCUUUAUUAGGAUCCGGUCCUUCUUUUUUGAAAGCUGGUCCUUGAUUCAAAAUUGAAUUUUUAAAUUACCACUCUCCCCUCCCCCACUGAUAAAGAAGAAUUGCUCAGCCGCCCCUUCCUUAAAAAAUGGUCCAAAAAAUACUCUUCUUGUAAGUAUGUCUAAAAGUCGCGGGUAGAGGUCGCGGGUGCGGGUGUGGGUAAAGUUUGCGGGUAAACAUAAAUCACCAAAUUUAACAUUGAAUUAUUAAUAAAAUAAAGGAAAAAUUGAUUAUCUUUCAAAGAAGAUUUGCAAUACUUUAAAGCUAACUAAGGGCGAUACAAAGGAAAAAGUCAUUAAAGAGAAAUCCACAUGAUUAAAACUACAUUGGCUAGUUAAAAUUGCACUAAGUAACCGAGCUACCUGAGUUUGGGAUUUGUUGGGGAGGAGGUUAAAGUUCUGAUAGAGAAAAGAAAAGUAUCAUUGGAUAUGUGAUGACUUGUCUUGGUUGUUGAUUCAAAAAACCUUCCGGGGAUUUCACCCACUCCCGUACCUUGUACGCCCUAAGUUGCAAUAGUACAAAAAAGUAGUUGGCCCUUUGCUGACCUCUAUAUUACCUAUAUGUAGCAGCGAAGUGUAUUGAAAAGGGAGUGUAAAAAUUCAGUGCCCGCCUUAAACAGCAAAAACCCUACCGGACUGAAAAACUGACUUUAACUAAUACUUCUUUUUUCCUUUUUUCUGCAAAUCAAGACAAAUAAAAUGAAUUUUGGUGGCAUAAAUGCGUAAUCUCCCAGUAGGUUUUUUUAUCAUUACCAUGUUGCGAGUGAUCAUUCUUAGAUCUUGUUUCCUCCAUGCCUAGUACAUUUCUAUCUUAAUUUUUGAGGAAAAAUCAAAAUUUCGUCAACACCCCCCUCCCCGCCCCAUGACCUGGAAAUGGCAAGUGAAAGCAGGGUUUAGCACUGUGAUAGACUAGACAGGAAGGAGUUAGAAAUAGCUAUUACAGUUAAGAAGACCCUAUAAUUUCAAUUAGAACUUUUUUUGUUUUUCAACUACGAGCUCUUGAAAUUAAAUAAAAAGAAAUGAUUAAGACCUCUAGAAAGAUCUUACAAAGGUGGCUACUUCUUUGAAGUACGAAUUCUCCCCUCCCCUUGUACGACAUUCUUGACCACCCUUCCCUCUCCUUCUUGACCUCUUCUUUAUUCAGUGUAGGGGUCCGAAGUGUCAGCUUAUGUGACUUGUUUACUUAAAAGAAAUGGUUUUUACCCUAUGUAUAUGAUUCAGAAGACACAAUUUGGUUCAUUUUUUUUUGCAGUAAAUGAGACUUGCGUGUACUUAAUUCCUCACCAAAAAGUAUGAAUUGAGAGUUGCCAUUCGUCGUUCUAAACUGAGAUCAGGCUCUACUUUCGUUUCGCUUUGUAAAUAACAUUCCGGCGAGCAUGGCGAAACGAAUGAGAACCGCUCAAAUUGGGCAUGAUCUCAGGUUAUCGUCAUUCGUGCUCAUCGACUUUGGGGUUCGUUUGUCACGCAUUCAUUUCUCCCCCACUGUUCCAGGCGUUCAGAUAGUGGGGAGCGGUGCGAAGUAAAAGGAGCGCGAAAAAAUAAAAGCGAGGGAGGGGAAGUGAGAGAGGGACUCCUUUACUUCGCACCGCUCUCCACUCCCUGAACGCUUGGAACAGGCUAGUGACAAACGAACCCCAAAGGACGUCUGCGGGGAGGCUAAUUUUUCCCACGUUUCACGGCAACAAUACCCAUGCAAGGGGGGAAAACUUUCAUAGUUCUGAUUUCACACUGACAAAAAGGAAGAAGAUUUCCAGAUUUACGUCGAUCGAUUCUUUAUCCUGAUAGAGUCCGAUAGUUCCGUUGAGUGUUUGGGGGCCAUACGAUUAGCCCUGAUCGUAUGGCCCCCAAAGUAUAACAACACGCAAUAACAUGGAUUAAGGCGUUUCUUAUAACGCCCGUUUACAGCAUAGUUAAGUUAUUAUUCAGACUUCUAUCGGAAGUUUUACUUACGUAGAAAACGUGUUAUGUAUGCUGUUCUUUGUCAGUUGUAUUCAUUCCCUGAAGAAGUCUCAGUAGGAGACGAAACGUGUCGGAGAUAAACGAAAAAGCGUACAACUACAAUUAGUCUUCCUUAGUGCUGCUAAUUAGUCUUCGUUAAAAAAUUUAAAAAAAUUUGUUGUUGUUGUUGUUUAUAUUAUCUUUUUGUUAAAUUUGGUGAUUUAUUUUCACCCGCGACACUUACCCGCACUCGCACCCGCACCCGCGGCCUCUACCCGCGAGUCGCAACCCGCGACAUUUAGACAUACUCGUCACGCGAUUGCUCACACACCAUUGUUUAUUUGGUGGUCUUUUCAUUUAGCAUCAUGGCUCGGACACUUUUGGUUCUUGCAGUUUUAGUUCCUCUUGUCUGCGUCUUGCUCGUGAAAUAUCAGGAUGCAGAUUUUGUGCUUAUGAUUUACGAAUUGAUAGGCCAAAAUCCCGCCGUGGCGUUGCGCGGGAAGGUUGUGUGGAUCACUGGAGCUUCAAGUGGUAUCGGUGAAUAUUUAGCUUACGAACUGGCUAAAUAUGGCUGUAAGUUGGUGCUUUCUGCACGAAGAAAAGGUGAAUUAGAAAGAGUCAAGAAAAAUUGUGCAGGUAAGAUCAACACCUUAAAAAAUAUGAAGAUAGCUGCUUUUUUAAGGUUGAAAUAUAUUUCCAAAAUUUACCGGACCUUUUGGUAAUCAGGUCAUCCAUGUAACGCGAUGAAUCCGGUGAAACAGGGAACCUCAAUAAAACGAACCUCGAAGUCCUCUUUGUAACGAAAGAUGUAUAGUAUAAUAUAUGAAAAAGAACCUCGAUAUAACGAAACUUCACCACAUUCAUGGACUAUGGAUCGUUUAGUUAUUCAGCUUACACCCUUAAUUAGCAGCAAUAAAGGGCUUUACGCCUCAAAUUAAGACAAGGUCAAAGAAGUCAAAGAAAAAUUAAGCUCUUGCAUCCCAGGGAAAAUACUGCCGACCAGAAAUCAAUAUGCCUGCUAUGAUCUCUAAGUGUGAAACAAGCGGCAAAAAUCACAUUUUCUCAGCCGAAACGUAGAACCCUCUGGAGCAUAAUCUACCAGUCAGAGCUGAAAAAAAUUUUGGAACAAGCAGCAUUUUGGCAUGAGGUUUAAGUUGUGUACAGUCGAACCUCUCCAUACGGAAACCUCUCCAAUACGGACAGUUUCCUAUGUACCGACUAAAUUCUUAUACAUUUCCUCUAAAAGAAACCUCUAUAAUACGGACCCUCUCUAAUACGGACAACGGACACAAAAUCUCGGCCCUUGGGAGCGAAUCUAUACAAACUUAAGCUUAACCUCUUUAUUUAUACGGCUACUCCAGGGACCGGGUGUCGAUAAUUUGCGAUUAAUGUACGUCCUGUCGGCGGUUACACAAACAUUGAAAUUUUAUCACACUUUAUCUUGAGGGCAGUAUUUAGUUUUGUUCCAAAAUUCAUUUGUACAUCAUGUAACUGAGAAGUACAAAUAAUGUUAAUCACUUUAGGUUCAGAAAUUAACAAUACACUGAAUUUUGGGCUUGAUUUUAGUUACUGAACACUUAAACCCGUCAUUGGGGUGUUAAAAGUGACGUCAUCAUAGUGACCUCUCUUAUACGUACACGUCCCUAAUUCACUCUGUCCCUUUGGGGUCCAUUAGAGAGGUUCAACUGUAGGCCUACCAACCCCUUUUACACACACACACACAAAACAGGGUUUUAAAGAAUGGUUUGUUUAUUAAGAUACAGCCAGUUUGAGAUGAGGGUUUUAACAUGUUCAAAUUUUUCAUGAUACAUUUUUUCUUGUUCGGCUCCCUUUUGAGGCCCCUGAGAUAGUUGAUGAUAUGCCUGUCGACUCCAUGGGCUUGUACUCAGCUUUAGGUGACCCUUUGUGUGCAAAAUGUUAAGAGUGGGGGGCACUUGACCCAAGUUUUAGAGCAUAGCUAAAGCAAUCUUACUGAGGGUUUGGAAGUUGUGAUGGGUGGGAGGGGGGACAUGGGGUUUAGAUCUGCCACCUUCUACACUUGCAUUCCCCAUUUCCCUUGACUUUCUCUAUUUACCCCUUUUUUGAUUGCAAAAUAUUAAGCUUUGUUGAAUAAAUUCUCUCUAUUUCUGCCACCGUGACUUUCCACCUUUAAGAACCCCCACCUCCCGCUUUUUCCUCUUUCACCUCGUGACCUCUCCUGCUUCCUAUUCUCUCAGGUUUUCACCCCCUUCCUCCCCCACGUGGUUUGAAUUCCUCCUCCAAUUCCCAGGUGGCUCCCCGUUGACUGAGCUGUUAGAGUUCCAUCAAUCAGCGUGAAGCAAAAACAAGCACGAAUGUAAAUGUCAAACAUUAAAAAAACAUGUGCAAGGGUAAACAAGGGUAACGAUUUCAUUACUAAUGUCAUCUCCGCCAAUCAGCGUUUCUCAAUGCGGAUAUUCAAAUUCCAGAGACGUAGUUGCAAGCUCUCCUUCCUUUUCCCAUCCCACCGCCAGAGGACCCAGGAGAGCUUGUCCAGCAGCAUGUAUUGGCAAAGAUAUAUUAAGAAGGAACCCCAACCCCUGGAGGCCCUUGAAGUCUAAAUUCUGCCUUAAAACAUUGGGCAGAAGACUUUUUUUUGUAUGCUGAGCUUGAUCUUACUAUUUCUUUCCCAUCAGCAAUUUCCCUUGCCCAUGAUUCAUCGUUUGAAAAAGAUCAAGAUAUUCUAGUCCUUCCAUUGGACUUGCAAAAAUUUGACACACAUGAAAAACUGGCCCAAGAUGUCCUCAAGCAUUUUGGAAAGGUAAAAAGAAACAAGUAUAGGGUUGAAUUCAACAGCAGUUGGUCUGAGUGGACAAUGUCAGUCUAGCUGUGGGUAUAACCGUCAUUACAGAGAAAUUUCAUGACUUAGUUAAUUGAGCAGUCUCAUCGUUGGCCAACAGGCCAUGCUGUCUGAUAAUUACUGUUAGUGUGAAUUAUACAACACCAGGGGUCAAUUUAAUAAAACUUUUACAAGUGUCAUAUUUUUUGCAUGUUGUAGAGUCUGAAAACAACGCCUAUACACUUGUAAAAGUUUUAUUUACCUGACCCAAGACUUCAAAACAGAAAACAAACUUACACGACCUGUUCGCAAAAUUCACAACAAAAGCUUAUUGUUAGUUACAUAAUGAUAAACUUUGAUUUUCUCAACAUGAGAAAACAAACAGCUUUAACUGUCAAUGGUCUCCAAUAUGACAGACGCAUAAAUAUCAAGUGCUGAAUCCACAUCAGACAAAGAUUCUCAUAUGGAUUUUCAUAAUUUCCAUGACACAUGCUUAGAUAUAUAAUUAUUGCCGUCAUAGUUUGAUAACACAAACAGUAAUAUAACUAUGCCCUAAGAGACAAGCAAAUGGCAUGAUGCCAGGUCAGAAGAGCAUGUGAAGAAUGUAGAAAAUUUCAUUGACUUUUUCACAGCCAUGACUAAUAAUCUUCUAUUAGCCCUUUAGGUCUUUAAUUUACAAAUGAAAAUGAUAGAUUUUCCCUACCUAUCUAUGAAAUCCCUACCCUGUUAUAUACCUGAAGCCUACACGAAGACUGUGUGGUAGCGUAAAAAGGGGAAGCAGUUGGGGAUAGGGAAAAAAGUGUAAAAGGGAAGGGAGUGCCUGCUAUUUAAUAGCCGGUAUUUUUGUAUUCUUCCAACCAAUAUCUUAACUAAUCUGAUAACUUCAACUGUCAAUAUGUGACCAAUAACAAGGAGGGAGCUCUUCUCAGGAUGGUCCAGACUUAAUGUUAUUACUUUGUUUAGACCAGAAAUUGUCUAGUCAAGUUAUUUUCAAAUGAAAUCAUAAUCAAGCCAAACAUCAAUUUUGUGUGAAUACAGAAAAAACCUUUGGCCUUGCCUCAUCAAACACAUUUGGUUGCAAAGUACAGAAAAGUCACCAGCCUGAAUCGUGAAUAAUUUAUAAAAAGAGAAUAAUAAUCAUUUGUCAAAAAGCUCAAUGGACAGUUGUUACCGAAGCUUCAGCACUCUCUUUACAAACCAUUUUGAAGGUCGUUCAAUGCGGUAUUAGAUUUUGCGGAAAAGUCUCGUGUCCAGCGUCUAUUAAUUCUUCCAAUGCUAAUAUUGUAACCCGGUGCUCUUGUGAAUAUUGGCUUUGCAGUUACCUCACAAGAAUCAUAAUUGCUUUGAACUGCCACUCAGUGUUUGGACAAUUAUCCAGGAUACAAAACCUCCUGAACAUCUGCUGCCUGAUUAACAAGCUAUUACAGUUGGUUCUAGUUCGGGUUUCAGCAUUAAGUUCCUACAUGACUGAAGUAAUUUUGAUCUUCCAAAGCUUUACGCCAGUAAAACACAAUUCCCUUGACACCUGCAUCAUCAUGAUGGUUGUUUCUCACUAGUACAUGCUACUAAGUUACUCAUUUCGGAUCAGCCAAUUAGGAAUUUGCAUACGCCAGCAGGUGCAAAAAUGAACAAAAUGGGUUUCUUAUAGCAGGUAUCCCUUACCCUCUCUCUCUCCAACCCCCCUCCCUUUUUCCCUUCCUCCAAACCCCUACCCCAUUAGACGCCUGUAACACAGGCUACCUGAGGCCUAAAAAACGUACCCUUUAGGGUGGAGCUCCCCGUAUAGGCCAUUAUAAGGAGUAGUACCCUCUGGGCUUUCCAUGCAGUUUUAUCAAGCUGUCUUGAUUUCUUUCCAGGUUGAUAUUUUGGUCAAUAAUGGUGCAAGGGGCCAGUUUGGCUUAUUGAGGAAGACCUCUCUGGAAGUUGACAGAGCUAUUCUGGAUUUGAAUACUGUUGGCACUAUUUCCCUGACAAAAGCAAUUCUUCCCCACAUGAUUGAACGCCGUGAAGGACAGAUUGUUAUUGUUAGCAGCCUUUCUGGAAAGAUCGGUAAUGUUCCUAUAAGUCUGUACACUGUUACCAUGUUAACUCGCGAUCGAAAUGUGACAGUAAUACUUUUGGAGACUAAAGAGGCUUAAGCUCAAAUCAUGUCUCUGAUUGAUUUGUUUACCCUGCAAUCACCCCACCCAUGUACCCUCUCCCUCAUUUUGUAGUUUUUUCACCCAGUCACACACCUACUCACUUGCUUAAGUUAGCUCUUCCCUACAGUCACACGUACACCCACCUUGACAGACACAUGCACUCUCUCACUCGAUACUAGCUCUAUUACUUAGUCACGCAUCUACUCACUUGUGCAAGACCUCUUUCGGCCCAUACUCACACAACUACCUAACCAUAAAUUAUGUUCAUUAACUAACUGUCACCUCCUUACUAGCUCUUUUACUUACCCACACACCCACCCCUGCAUCAGGAACCCGGUCAGACAGGGGUUGACCGGGGUCAAAGACUGGCCACAGUCAUUUGUGUGCAAUUGCACAUUCACAUACUUGCACCACAGCCCACAUACAUAAUUCUUAGCUACAGUGAUUGCACACAUACAGUUUAUGUUGUGUUAUAUAACUUUUAAAAAAAACAAGCAUUCAUUCAAUGCAAGCUAUUGUGAAUGACCAUGAACAUUAUUUUCUUGCAAAACUUGCCAAGUAUGCACAUAUAUAAAAACGCAUAUGACUACUUUAACAUAUUUCUGUAAAAUUAUCUGGCAACCCAUUUCUGGCCUUUUUGUACAAACCUUGUAGGUUUAUUUUUUAGAACUCUGUAAGUUCAUUUUCUGGAUAGAAAGUUAAAAAAGUAACACCAUUAUAUGAUUAUAAGAAUGCAGAAAUGAAUAUUUAAUACUAUUAUUCUUGUGCUUUUAUGUUGACAUUUACCUUUUUUCAGGGUCGCCUUAUACCAGUACAUACUCUGCCAGUAAACAUGCAUUGCACGUAUGUAUUCCUCAAAAAAACAAUCAGAUGUUUCUUUAUUGUUGUGAAUGUGUAGCCAAUGUAUGUGAUGACUCAUUUAAGGAAACAUUUAUAACCCAUAGACCCUUGAUCUUUUACCCUUGGUAUUUAACAGAAAUAGCAUUUAACAUUUCAUUAAUUCCUAAUUUACAUAUUGAUUUCCAAGAAAUGAACAUGUGUACAACAAUACACUUAACACGUUUGGCUUGACAACUAGCUUGCAUGAUGCCCGACUUUUGUUUCAAGCAAACACAAGCUUAAAUGUUACUCUCACUGUUCAUGAAUAUUCAAUUGGAAAGUUAUUUUCCAAGCACCUCGUUUUUAUCCUUCAGUGUAAAUGAUGAAAUAUUUUUCUACUGACAUUAGUAAUUAUACAAAUUUCUUUUCCAGGGUUACUUUGAUACAGCUCGCCUUGAGUUGUCAGAGUACAACAUUGGUGUCCAGAUUAUCUGUCCAGGACCUGUCAAGUCUGACAUUAUAAAGGUUGCCUUUACUGAAGACAUUAACAAGGUAAUAAAACCUGGCUUUUGUUAUAGAAAUGUGCAAAACAGGAUCAGUCUAUAGAAUUUGUAUAUGGAUAUUAACAAGGCUUAAAGGGUUCAGGUGACAUACAAUAAAACAUCUUCACAGUGGCUUCGUAACCAUAGCUGAAACUCAUGGAAGGAUACAUGUAGAUAGUAGAUUUUUUUGCUCAUGGCAUCUUGGAGACAAAUCAAGGUAACUGGCCGUCGUAAGAUUGCAGAGGAGGUUAGAACAAGUGAUUAAUGCAACAUUUGGGAGCAUACAUCUGCGUUAAAGCUUGGCUAAAUAUAUACAAAACAGUAUGCAUACUGUCAAGAAGCAAAUUACAUGAUUUAAUUCAUUUGUAUGUAAAUCUGUUUCUGUCAUUUAGUGUAUGGGUGAUUAUAGCGUCAAAUGUACCCUGUAAAACAGCUGCACAUGAAAUUCAAACUUAAAGACAACAGUACAAAAAUACUAGUUAUUAAUUAUUCUUUCCUUUUCUGCUUGGUGAAGUAUCAUUAAGCAAAACUGGCUCCGCAGGGUUAUCUCAAUGGACAAUUUAUUUCUAGCUUGCGAGCAAGCUCUCCGGGGCGCUUUUUCCGCAGCCCACCCCUAUACCCACGAGAGACCAGGGAGAGCUUGCUCGCUGGCUAAUUUAUUUGUCCUUUAGGCUGCCCCAUCCGAGGAUUUUCUAAAGAAAGUGGCCAAGAUUCCAACUAUGCCAACUGAACGCUGUGCGAAGUUGAUGGCCCUAACCAUGGCAAACAAUUUGGAUGAAGUCUGGAUAGCAGAAUAUCCAGCUCUGACAGGUCCUUAUUUAAACCAGUACUUUCCAAACUUCUUCAGAUGGUAUGUUUAAAUAUUUAAUACCUUCAUCAUAGAAGGGGCGUAGCCAGGAUUUUUCCAGAGGUACGCACAAGCAAGUAGGAGUCAAGUCGUAUCAUUUACAAAUGAGUGAUUUUUUGAGGCCUUUUGCACAUUGUUUUGACUGACAAAGUGAACCUGCGAACACAGGUUGUGGUGCAAAGAACGCGUCCACGCUUUACGUCAUACAGCUUGCUCUUUUCGCCUUUUUUCCCGCUUUUUUUUCCCGCCUUUUCUCGAGCCACCAUGCAAUAAUGGCCACCAAUGAAUCACAUCGGUUUUGCGGAAAACGACACUUGGGUGUUUGACAAAAUAUAUUUCAACGAAACAAGAGAAUUAAAUGAAUUGAGGCAAACCGUGCCUUUUAGAAUGACUAACCUUUUUUAUUUGCUUUUUUUCUCUUUUUUAUGUUUUUUUUUUCAGGUACGCACAUGCGUACCGUGCGUACGAUUGGCUACGCCCCUACUAUCAUAGGUGAUGCGGUGCAGUGCAAAAUGUUUAUGAAGUUUAUGAAUCUUUGUCAGAUUUCCUUUUUAUUGGACUGGACCAUGCAAAACCUUGAACAAAAAAAAAGGUUUCAAUAACAUUCCUAUCAUUUUGACUUACAGUGCGUUUACCGUAAGCGUGCCACGGAGACAAAGUUGACCAAUCUGGUUACAGAAAUAUAACAGUUCAUUUUUAAUGAAGUUGAUUGUGGCCAAUCUGCAGCAAUAAGUUUUACUAGAAGCAUAAAAUUUAAAUAUUGAUAGCAAACGUUUCCAAGAAAGCAAAAUUUUUCGUCAGACAAUGUUUGGCUAUCCAAAACUUCAUUACAUAUAUUGCCCAGAAGACAUAUUUGUUUGGCGCAUGACCCAAGCUGUUAUUUUGCCAUCUACCAGUAAUUUCUUCGCUAACAUUGCCGCGCUUUGCAGUAACAUGCGAAAUCAGGUCAGAAAUAUAACUCAUAAUGUUUACGUUUUUUGCCCCGACAAUUAUUCUAACGGAUUUCUCAGGAAACAGACUUUCUUCAGAGGGGUCACGGCACGUCUGUAAGUUUUAAUUGAUUUCGGUCCUUAAUGUUUAUUUCGUCCCCGGGAUUUCGUCUCGUGGUAAUUAGGAUUGACAAUAGCUAUUUUUUCUGUACUCCAGUUGGUCAAUAAAAUCACGAAUCACGGGCUAAAUUUCCGUACAUUCACGAAUCACGUUACGUUUUGGAGUCAUUUCACCAAUCACGUAAUUAGGUGACGAACUGAUCAAGUCCAUCAACGAUUCUUAGUGGUUUCUGGACUACUAUAGGCAGGAGUUGGUCUUAAAUGACGCCGUGAUGGGAAGGAAACAUAAAGUAUGGUGCGGAUCAAACUGGCUCUUCUCUGCUUUUUGUUUGACCACUACAAAGUUGACUGCCAAUGAAUUUUAUUGCUAUAAAAUCGAAGCUUUACAAUUUUUUCACUUUUUCAUGGUUUAACUUCGAACCCUCGUCACAAAACUUACAUCUGUUUUAUCGGUAGAAAUCUCGAUUCAGGGACUACAAUGUUAGAGGGUCACGCGUCACAGUGAAUAUAUAAUUUACGAAUCACGACUGUCUUUCAUGAGUUUUUCCGAUUCACACUGUUUACUGGUCAAUUCACGGAUCACGCGAAAACCCCUUCCAGACCCUGAAUAAUAGGGAGCUUCAUCGACAACGACGGCGAGGGCUACGAAAAGGUCACUUAGAAAGUGAAUUCGCAUUGCUUCCAACUUGAUCUUAUUCCAUCUCGUUCAAUUCGUCAUUGGCAUUUGUAUCUAGAGUUGAAUUCUAAAAGACUUUAUCGAAGUUCAAGAGAAGAAAUUUAAAAAGUCGUUGUCUUGUGUUCACGUCCUUCACAAAACGUGAAAUUAGAGAUCUUAAGAUCGAGGUUUGGUCAUUUUACUGCAAACGCCAAAUUGCGGUUUGCGGUUAACGGUUUCACGUUACCCGUCUGCCCAUAUUUGGGACUUAAGAUUCGCGGGUGGUAGUUCGCGGCUGCCAGGUUUCUUUUCAUUCAUCCACUUACUUCUAUUUUUGCUGAGAAAUUGUCUUCAAAAUUGCUUUUUUUAGAAUACAAUUCAAUAAUUAAUAAGCGAAAGAGUUCUAAUAUAUAGAUUUAGCCAGGGCUAAAAGCGAAGCUCUGGUUAAUAAUACGUGUAAACAAAAAAAAUUAAAUCGUUUAACGCUAAACGGGGGACGAGAAUGAAAAUGGCUUCAAGAGUAAUAGAUCUAAUUAGCAAAAAAACAAAUUGCACGUGCAGCACACUUUUUCUUCUAAUUAGCAAAAAGCAAAUUUGCACGUGCAGCACGCUUUUCUGUCUUUCCCUUGUCGUUGUUUUGCACGACUACAACACUGUUUUGUACGAGUAAAACGUCAAACUUCCUAGUUACACACUAUUUUUAUGGAGAAAUUGUCGUAUGUGCCUACCCAAUAUUUUGUUUCCAGUGUUCAUGUUCGCUUUUAUUUUUCACUGCCGCUCAUUUUCACCUUGCUGGCCGCUAGCAUUUCUCAUUUUCUCACCGCCGCUUUGAAUUUCCAUGUUUUUCUUCCAACGAAUUUUCAAUAACUCGCUCUAGCUUUUUCUCUGUUAUCCACGUUAGUGUACACAUAAAAAAAUAACGCCGAAAAAGACACGACUUUUUUCUUUCUAAAAGUCCGUUCGGCCAUGUGAUUUCCUUACAAAUAAAACCUUGAGUUGCAUUUGGGUUCCCAUACCUGUUGAUUGAGUUAUUUUACAUUGGUAUCCCUGUGGUGCGGACGGACGGUCGUACAGUCACGUGAUUACCAAAUUUUCUGGGAUGGGUAGAUUACCACAUUUUCUUAGCUAUGGGGCUCCGCCCACGCGCGCGCUUCGCGCGCGGGUGGAGCUCCGCUAAAAAGUCGUUUCUUCUCCAACGCGGGAUUGUGAUGUUUUAGGGUGCAAAAAACCUUGCGGUAAAUCACUUACCUCUGGAGCGUGAUCUAGCCGUACAAAUGUGAACCUCAAACCGCAAACCUGACAGCAAGGCCCUGGUCACGUGACUUCUUGACGUUUGCGGUUCGCGGGAAAUGCCGAAAAACCUCAAUCGCAAGGUCUCCAUUGGGUAUUUUCACGUGACGGCAAAGAAAUGAGUGAUGUACGUGCAAAGCUGUUGUUUUUCCUAUCUAAACGAAUUGCUUUCUUGCCGUUCUCGUUGCCGUCGCCGUCGUCGUUGCUGAAGCUCCCUGUUUUCUAGGUGGCGCCGGUUAUAGUAGUCGUAUUUCAACUGUCCAAUGAGAUUGAAAAAAACAUUAUGCGAUAAGAGAUCACAGUUUACAGUCAUGGAUGAAAGUUAAUUACAAAUCCAUAGAUAAAAAGCUAUUUUGGAAAAAAAUUUUAAAAGCCGUAGGCUUUCGUUAAAAAAAUACUCUAUUCAAUGCUUACAAAAAUAAAACGUGCAAUAGAAGGCCACAUCUUUUAUUCAAUCAAUAUUUGCCAGGAAUCUUUCUCCUCUUUCAUUUGUUCGUGUUGUAGUUUUUAAUGGUGUAACUUUAGACUUUUUUUGUGUAAUUACAUCUAGGAGCAAUAGCAGCAGUGACGUAAUAAGCCCUUUUUUAAGUAGGUAGAAUAUGGUUGAGUGUAAUUUAAUAGGACUGACUCGAUACUGACGAUUCGUCAUCUUGUGCGGUGGUCAUUGUCCGAGUCAUAGUGAGUUGUAUGGCGUCAGUAGAUGGUAUUAAAGUCUGAAUAUUGACCUUGAUCGGUCAAUAAAGUCGCGAUACUAUUGGUUCUGUUACUUAAGCCGUGAUGUUAUUGGCUAUGCUAUGAAGACACUAAAUUUCAUUGGUGCGUCAUCAAAUCAAAUCUCAUCUUUAGUUGACAUUGCUCACACAAUAUGCAACUUGAUUAUUUUAGUGUAGUUGUUGCACAUUUCACUUUCCUGAACUCUCUCCUUUCUCGUACUACCUCCAGGCUUGGGAAGAAAAUUUCGAUGAAGAUGGCCAAACAGAUGUUGGAUCUUCCUGAAGACAAAGCGUAAAUUACAACGUACAAGUGAAGGGACGGCCUCUGGUGUACCUCUUGAAACCUUGUCUCUUACAUAAUCCGAGACCCCCUUCGCGAGCAACAGGCCAUUUCCGAGUUCCCCCGGGCCUCUGUUUCAAAACGAGGGUAGGUGCUCAGCCUGUGAUAUGGAAAUCAUUUUUCAUUCUUAUGCAAAUAAAACUAGGUUGUGCACCUAGCCUCAUUUUGAAAGUGAGGGUUUCGGAAGUAGCCUAUUGACCGUGCUAGUUUAUUAGUGUCCCUGUCAACAGUCUAGACCAAUCUAAUUGCCAUGUGAAACAAAAAAAAUUCCAAUCCUUCCAUUUCAUUUUAAUAGAAAUAAACCAUUGUUGGAAUGCAGUCUAAACCGCAGUUCGUGUCAGAUGGUGAUCGUCCAGGGGCCAAUGAGAUAAAACUUUCACAAAUGUGAUUUACAAUUGUGCUCACUGUUCUAGUGUCUGAAAACAAUAGCUUGACUUGUAAGCUGCACUUGCAAAAGUUUAAUUAAAUUGACUCCAGAUUUGAAGUACUCGUAGCUAUACUUUCUACAAUCAUGGACUGAAGUCCAUACAUUUGCACAUGUGUAAGUCUUUCUCACGUACACCCCACACACGUUUGCACGCGACCGAAACUGUGCUGAAACUAACUUAGUGAUAUACAUAUGUAUCUUCUAGUUAGCGUUAUGAACAUUACGGUAUACUGUUAUCUAUUAAAGGAUUAUUUACCUUGACGAAAAUGUAUAGUCUUCUUACAGCAUACAAUUGAUAUAAAGUAGUAUUUUCUGAUUGGGAGAAGUGAAGUAACCUCGAAUUUGAAUGUAAAGAUAUUUCUCGCGUUUCCAGAAGUCGUGCCGUCCUUGUCUUGACAUCCGUGGUGACGCUUUUCUUCUUUGCAAAAAACCGCAAAGUUUUCCUUUACUGGGACAUUACAUAACCUGCUGUAGGGGCUCUAUUGCGGCUUACAAACUUUGGAAAUACUGUUAUUGGUACAGUAACAGUACUUCCAUAGCUUGUAAGCCGCAAUGUAAACAACACAGAAAGCAGGGAAAGCUGGCUGUUUAAGAAAGUUUUAGACUUCCGUUGUUUACGUCACAAUUAUCGUCAUUUAAAAGAAUAUGGAACUCAGCGCGAGAAGUUCGUUUAUCUUCGUCAUCUGUCUAUGGAAGUCGGACCUCUUAGAAAGUAAAGCCUUUUUUACGAUUAGGAAUUUUUUUAACGUUCGGGGGAGUGGAAAAUGCAUUUUACUGACCCCAUAAUAAUCUGUUCUGCUUUUGUCUCCUCCGUACGUGCGCACUAGAGAAGAGCCCUGCGGUCGAGAAAAGGCCAUUUCCGAGUUCCAAAAAAUCUCGCUUUCAAAGCGAGGCUAAGUGCGAAGCCAUUGAUAUGAAAAUGAUUUUUAAUGAUGACGCAAAUAAAACUCAUUUUCACAAAAAAGGUUUCGCACUUAGCCUCGUUUUGAAAGUGAGAUUUUUUGGAACUCGGAAAUGGCCUAUUGGUUUGCCUGCCAGCAUGAACAUCGUGUGCGCACGCUCUGUAUAAAAUGUUUUCAAGGUUGUCGUAGCCUAGACGUCUCCAACUGUCCCCACAGCAGAAGCAAGAAUAGAUUUCCACAGGGUUACCCCAAUCUGUGUGUGUAACCGAUGUUACUAUACAGUAAAUGCACUGGAUUUACCGUUUACCUCACCUAUAGCGAUAUCUCGUUAUAUAUGUAUAUAGAUCAAUGUGAAAUAAACGUUGAAUUACCUUACCUGUGGAAUAUAGUCGUCCUUUUGCCCCAAAAGCGGUUUUUUGAGCGAUUUUGAAGGAGUUUGAGUUCGCCCUUUAGGAACAGUAAACGGCGAACUCAAACUACUUCAAAAUCGCUCAAAAACCGCUUUUGAGGCAAAAGGACGACUAUAUACACAGGUAAGGUAAUUCAACUUUAUUUAACAUUGAUUUAUGAAAACGAAAAUGAAAAUGCACUUAUAUAGCGCCAUACUCCACUAAUUGUCCGUACCAUAGCUCUUAAUAGUUUUAAAUACAGUAAGUGACGAUGAUAGCCUGACGUCCGAUGGUAACUUAUUCAGCUGACUUAUUCCACAAUUUUUGAGCAGCAACGGAGUAUGCCCUAUCACCAUAGGUCUUUAAUUUAGCCACGGGCUCAUCAUGCAAAUGCUUGUUUGAAGAUCGUAAUACGCAGCAGGAGUUCUUAUACUUGAUCAUGCUUUCUUGACACGGUAACAAGGCGAGUCGCUGAAUUCUGAAGUUGAAGUCUAUCAAUCAGGUACUUUGGAUGACCAUAGUACAGGGCAAUGUAUGUACAUACUUAGCGAUAUAUCGCUAUGGGUGAGGCAAACGGUAAAUCCAGUACAUUUACUGUAAAAUAACAUCGGCUACACACACAGAUUGUGUGAACCCCCUGUUAUUUAACAAUAGAACAAGAAUAGGCGGGGCUAUGUAUGGGGGAUUCGCUUUUUUAGCUCAUUUUCUCCUGCUACAGUUUAGGGAAUGUCCGUUCCAAUUGUAAGGGCGGGCCGGUGAUUUUUUUAACCAAGUCUAAGCAUAUUAAAAAUGUACCCCCCAAAAAGUGUCUACAUCCAAAACUUACCCCCCGGUUUAUGCGACGGCCCAAAAAAGGCAAGAAAAAAAGGAUUAAAUAAUUAACAAUUAAUGAAUGAGGUUGAGUGUCUUAGUAAAGAAUUAUGGAAAUCGAGGAGGGUGUUAUCCGUCGAGGCCGAAGGCCGAGGCGGAUAACACCCUCCGAGAUCUCCACAAUUCUUCAUGUGUUACGAAAGCCGAAUUCAGUAUUCAUUCAAAAUAAUUCCUGGUUUAAAAACAAAGCUAAAACAUACUUAGGGAAAGUUCAUUUAAUAUGACAAGGGGGGGGAUGAAGAUAUUGAGGGGGGGCUCCGAAAAUUUUUAGACACCCGAAAGGGGGGCUCUGAAAAAAUUGUUGCUCUAGGAGGGGGGGCUCUGAAAAUUUGUAUACUUCAAAACCAACACAUGACAUCAUCAUACAGAUCGGAUGGUUUUCAACUCAACCAUUUAAUGACCUGUGCAACUCAGCUAUAUCACGUGGUUUACAGAUAUAACAAAUGUAGUCUCAGUAAUUAUUACACUCUUGUUCAUCCCAAAAAUGCUUUAGAAAAUUGUAUCACAACUGUAUCUCAAGUUUGUCAUAGUAUAAACCAUUGAAGACAAUA